AUGGCGUCUGUCAAAGAGUUGCUUGUGUACAUGCUGAAAGAGCUGGAGGAAGCUGAGCUGAAGGAGUUUCAGUGGCACUUAAAGAAUCAUGAGUAUAUAUCAAAGUCUGAAAUGGAGAAUGCAGAUAGAUUAAAAACACUGGAUAAGAUGGUGGCAUGUUUUGGACCAGAAGAAGCUGUGAAGAUCAUGGUCAGCAUCUUGAGAAAGAUGCAUCAGAAUAAUCUGGCUGAGCAGCUGGAAAACAAACACAAGCAAGUUCUUCAGCAGCAGCAGCCUCUAGUCCAGUUUCCCGCUAACAGUGAAGAGCCAGGCCCAGUAACAUUACCAAGCACCAGUCAUGAGCCCAACACACCAGAAUGGGCAGGCUCAACUGCAGAUAAAAGUCAAGCUGCUCUUCAUGAUUACAUAAAUACCAGCCACAGACUGAAGAACAAAUUAAGUCAGGACUAUAAGCGGAUAUUGGUUGGUAAUUCUCAAACAGGUCAUCAGGAAUCUCUGAAUGAUAUUUACACUGAUUUAUAUGUGGUGGAUAAUGAGAUUGGAGGUAGAGUGAAUGACCCUGAAGUGAUACAGAUGGAAUCAAAUAACAACCGUUUGGCUGUCAAGGAGACGGCAAUCAAGUGUAAUGACAUGUUUAAAGCUCUGUGUGACACACAAAACAAAAUAGUGCUGACAAUGGGGAUCGCAGGAGUGGGAAAAACAGUAUCUGUCAAUAAAUUCAUCCUUGACUGGGCUGAAGGAAAAGAAAAUCAGGACAUAGUCUUCAUUUUUCCACUUCCAUUCCGUAGACUUAAUUUGAUUAAAGAAGAGUACAGUCUCAUGGAUCUGCUUAACAAAUACUUCUUUAGUGGUUCUGAAGAAUUGCCCUCUCUUCCUGAAGGUGAUGGUAAGGCUAUGUUCAUCUUUGAUGGCCUGGAUGAAUGUCGCUUCCCUUUGAGCUUUAAAGAGAAUGACAGAUUUACAGAAGUGCAUGAAAAAACAACAGUGACUAAGAUAGUAACAAACCUGAUCCAGAAACAUCUGGUUCCCUCUGCUCUCAUCUGGAUCACUUCCAGACCAGCAGCAGCCAGUCUGAUACCCCGUGUCUACAUUGAUCAAGUGACAGAGGUGCGAGGAUUCAACGAUGAGCAGAAAGAGCAAUACUUCAUAAAAAACAGCAGUCCUGAGGUUGCUGGAAACAUUAUAAGUCACAUCAAGAAAUACAGAAACCUGUACAUAAUGUGCCAAAUCCCCAUCUUCUGCUGGAUCUCUCUCACUGUACUUCAGCCUCUGCUGGCUCAAGAGAGCAAUGACAAAACACCCACAACUCUCACAGGGAUGUACAUAAACUUCCUACUCACUCAGCAGCAACAGAUCAAAACAAAAUACAGUGAUGCUCCUAAAUUAUUUGCCAAUGCAAAGGCCUUUGAUCAGAUUAUUUUGAAGCUUGGGAAACUGGCAUUUCAACAGCUGGAGAAAGGUAAUCUGAUUUUCUACAAAGAAGAUCUUGAGGAGUGUGGGCUAGAUGUUAGUGAAGGGUCUGUGUUCACUGGGUUAUGCACUCAGAUCUUUCAGAUGGAAAAAGAUGUUUCAGAGAGGAUGAUUUACAGCUUUGUACAUCUCAGCAUCCAGGAAUUCAUUGCUGCUCUCUAUGUGUGUUUUAUCAGCAAAGAUGGGAAAUCAAGCCUAUUUCUUCAGUCCUGUAGAAAAAAAGUAACAUGGAAACUGUUCAAAAAGCCACUUUUUCAGCUUCAUAAGACUGUAAUCAAGAAGGCUUUACAAAGUAAGAACGGACAUCUGGACCUUUUCCUCCGGUUCCUCCUGGGUCUUUCAUUGGAGUCAAACCAGAGUGACCUGAAGGAACUACUGCCAGGACUGGAACUCAAGACAGAGAACAUCAUACAGACUGCUUACUAUAUCAAAAAGAAAAUAAAGAAAGAGGAAUCAGUAGAGAGAACCAUCAAUCUCUUCUACUGUCUGGCUGAACUGAAAGAUGAGGAGGAAAUCCAGAAGAAUCUGUGCUCAAGAAAACUCUCAGCACAAAAUCUCUCCUCUGCUCAGUGGUCUGGCCUGGUGUUUCUGCUUCAGAUGUCAGAAGAGACUCAAGAGAACUUUGAACUGAGGAAAUACAGUAGAUCUGAUGAAGCACUUAUGGGACUGAUGCCAGUAAUCAAAAACACCAAAAGAGCACUGCUCCUAAGCUGUAAUCUCACUGCUCAGUCCUGUGAGAGUUUGUCAUUAGUUUUACAAUCCUCAAACUGUGUCCUGAGAGAGUUGAACCUGAGUAACAAUGACCUGCAGGAUUCAGGAGUGAAGCUUCUUUCUGGUGGACUGAAGAGCCCAAACUGUCAGCUGGAGAUACUGAGGCUCCUAAGCUGUAAUCUCACUGCUCAGUCCUGUGAGAGUUUGUCAUUAGUUUUACAAUCCUCAAACUGUGUCCUGAGAGAGCUGAACCUGAGUAACAAUGACCUGCAGGAUUCAGGAGUGAAGCUUCUUUCUGGUGGACUGAAGAGCACAAACUGUCAGCUGGAGAUACUGAGGCUCCUAAACUGUAAUCUCACUGCUCAAUCCUGUGAGAGUUUGUCAUUAGUUUUACAAUCCUCAAACUGUGUCCUGAGAGAGCUGAACCUGAGUAACAAUGACCUGCAGGAUUCAGGAGUGAAGCUUCUUUCUGGUGGACUGAAGAGCACAAACUGUCAGCUUGAGAUACUGAGUGUGGAUCAUGGAGGAGAGUUCAGGAUUUCACCAGGAUUACACAAAUAUGCCUGGUUUCUCACACUGGAUCCAAACACCGCUAACAAUAAUCUCAGCCUGUCAGAGGAAAACAGAGAGGUGACAUGGGGGAGAAAGAAACAGCGGUAUCCUGAUCAUCCAGACAGAUUUGAUGGUGUGUAUCAGGUGUUGUGUAGAGAGAGUGUGUGUGGACGCUGUUACUGGGAGAUUGAGUGGAAAGGAGAUGAAGAUUAUUUUAGUACUGGUGUGUUUAUAGCAGUGUCAUAUCAGAGCAUCAGCAGGAAGGGACGAGGUCAUGAGUGUUCGUUUGGAUGUAAUAAUCAGUCCUGGAGUUUGUACUGUUCGCACCUCCGAUACUCAUUCAUACACAAUAACAUAGAGACUGAUCUCUCUGUGAAGUUUACCAUCAGUCAUAGAAUAGGAGUGUAUGUGGAUCACAGUGCAGGAACUCUGUCCUUCUACAGCGUCUCUGACACAGUUAGCCUCAUCCACACAGUCCAGACCACAUUCACUCAGCCGCUCUACCCUGGGUUUCUUGUUUCUGUUGGAACAUCAGUGAAGCUGUUGAUCUGUUGAUGUAUCAGAACAGACUGACGAGAGAUUCAACCAAUAAUGCUUUCAGCUGUAUGAUCAAUCAGUAAGGGUUAUAGAUGUUAUAGUGUCUUCUUUUCUCUUCAUGACAUUAAUACUGCAGUUGAUCUUCUGUCAGUAUAGAUAUGUCAAAACAGAUGUGUUAUAAAUCAUCAUAUAGACGUAAGAUCAGUGUGUGAGUGACGAUCUGUGUGUCUGUGGUUUUCACAACCUCUAUUUGUGUUGGUGGAAAUCAGUUUUUAUUGUAGUCUCACAUCAGUCAUUUGUAUCAUUACUAUCGAAAUCACCUUUCAGUUGAAAAAGGACCUUUCACAAACCUGAUUCAAUGAGAACAUGUCAUUCUGAUAUCUUAUAAUACAUGUGAUUUGUCUCUGUUUGUGCACAAAUAAUUAAAAACAAUUUCAAAUUAACUUGUGGUCAGAUUGUAAUUGAUGAUGAAUAUGUGAAAUGUCUGAAUGCUGUAUGAAUAAUGAUCUGCACUUUCAAAUAUAAUAGAUUCCUCACAAAAUGACCUUCUAGAGAGUUUCUGACAUUAUAAAAUAUGACAUUAUUUACAGCAUAGACUUAAAUACCUAGAGGCCUCAUUGGCUGCUUUGAGCGGUUGCUGAGAUACGUAAACGC